AUGUAUUCUUCGCCUCCUCCUCCACCUCCUUUGCAUAAUGUCAAUCUCAACAUCUCCAACGUGCUACAGCAGGAGGCAGUGACAUUGGACUCCCAAAGACGCCAGCUUGGCUUCACACUCCUCAAUGAUUUUGUAGCUCCAAUCGCCUCUCUGGAGUCAAUACCGAAUGAGGACCUCUCCGACGGAUCCAUCUAUCAUCGGUUCUUUGGCUCCGGUUCCAACAUCCCCAAGUCGUCGCCUGCUCCAUCAUCAGGCUAUCCUCCAUUACCACUACCACCACCCCUACCAUUACCAAGACCACCACCUCCUCCGCCACCCAUUUCUCCCACCACCUCCUCUAACAUUGCCAGAAGCAGUCGAAUCUCAAAUAUUCUGCGAGAUGCAGCAAGACUGCUGAGGUUGGGAGGCGACAGCCAUCAGCACGAGGAUACGGUGAUAUUGGAGGAUGCAAACUCGUCGGCACCGUCAGGUGUUGCAUCGACCACUCAGUCCAACCUAUCGGGAAGUCAGGUGAGGCUGUUCAAACAACAGAGGAGGCCGAAGCGAUCGAGCGCAAUGGGUGCGGGGCUGGAUGUAUCGAGGAUAGGAGGGAGAAAGAGAGGAAGAAGGAAGAGGAAGAGGAGCAAGGUGUCUGCUGUGACCCAAGACUCAGGGCAUUGUAACAUCUUCGAUGUGACGGAAUUGGACGAGAUGGAGCCCUCCGCGGACAAUGACCACUUCCUCCUCUCCCUCGAGUCGGCCGUCUUCACCACCGCGCCCACGUGUGGAGUUGUGACAACAGCGGUGGCUCCGCUCUACUCACCCACUUUUGAGGAUGGUGAUUUGGGUGAUGCUGGCAGUGUUGGGAGUGGUUUGAGUGGAUGGAAGGAGGGACUGCUGCUCUAUCCGCCUUUGCCUCCGGGAUCACCGGUUGUGGGGUUCGCAUAUUUGGGACUGGGAGGAAUGGACGAAUGUGCGGAGGCGGAGGAUGAGACGGUGGAGGUGGAGAAGGGUGAUUGGCGGAUGGAUGAGGUGGACCUUCAUGAAGUCAUCAGACAACGCUCUGCCACAGGGUGGAGGUCAUUCGCCUUCUUCACAACACACUUGUUAUUACAUGGCAGAGGCAUUUCAUUUCACUCGGUCCGAACGAUGAGGUGUUGUGUUGAUUUGCAUUGUAAAGAGAUACACCAAUCUGCCUCUACCAUCGGAACAGACUGGGGCUGCAGGGUCGCAACACCUUCACAAUCAGAGGAGGAGGAGAAGGUAGCGGUGGCAAUGGCAGCGGCCACGGAGGCGGAGGAGACGGAACCGGAGGUACGAUUGCGAGGCGGGUGUAAAUCCACCGUCGAGCAUCGUGGUUUUAACCAUCGCUACCUCAAUUCACACGGCUCGGAGUCCUCAGCUACCGCUAUGCUCCCAACUGCACUCAGUCUGCGGCACUCCGUGUCAGUGAGCGAUUUGGAGGUUCGGCCACCGAGCACGCACCUGGAGGCGUGGAUGGGCGUCAGUGACGAACACUUGUUAAUCUCACCCGCCGGUGAUGAGGCACUGCCACUAAGGUCGCAGGCGAAGGAAGUACACUUGCUACGUUCUCUCUCAUCUGGGGAGUUGCCACCACGCAGGAAGUGGAAGCACACGCAGUGA